AUGCCUGUUCCACAAGAGCCUAGAAGGAUAGUAAUCCAGAGAGGCCAAGACGCUGAUGCUGUGUUGCAACAGCGAAUCUGGUAUAAUAACUUGCCUGCCGAAGAUAAUUCGGCGGCCAUGGUCGAAAGUAUAAUGGCACAAAAUGGGGUAAACGUAGGAUUACAAAGGCCCAGUUACGCUUCCCCACUGUCGGAAUAUAUUCUGCAAGAAGAAUUGCCCCCAAGAUGGAAAGUUCCUAAGUUUACCAAAUUCUCAGGGGAUACUAGCGAAUCCACCAUAAAACAUGUAGCACGUUAUCUGAUCGAAGCAGGAGAGAUAGCCCGUAAUGAAAAUUUGAAAGUAAAAUACUUUCCUAGUUCCUUGACGAAAAUCGCGUUUACUUGGUUUAUAUCCUUGCCUGCAAACUCAGUGUUGCUAAAGGCUAGGUGUUUCACUCGGGUGCCAGAACAUGAGUUAGUCGAAAUGGCCGCGGGGGGUAUAGAUUAUUCUAUAAGAAAGAAACUAGACACUCAGUAUUUAAGGGAUAUGGCGCAAUUAGCAGAUAGGGUGAGACAAGUCGAAAGGUUGAGGGAUGACAAAUUUAGAGCAAAUAAGAAUAAAAAAGAAAGGGUGGCCUAUGUAGGGGUAUGUCAAGAUGAUAAAUACGACGAAAACGAACCAAGUAACUUCGACGAACAAGAGAUUGACUUAGCAGAACUGAUGCAAGGCCCACCAUAUUCUUGUAAAAUGAGGAUUGAUUUGAAUCCCAUGCAGCCAGUCGAAGCCCAUUAUGCUGAACCAUCCAUUGUGAAUAUGGUGGAGGUCGAAGUUGCUCCUGACGGCAAUUUUGAAAGGGUGGAAGCUGUUGGAGGUUUCGACACUAAUAUCAACAUGGUUGAGAUUGCUGAUGAUCUUACAAACCAGAACAAAGUUGAAGUUACCGAAGGCUUUGACGACCAGAAAAAGAGUGAAACUACUGAAGGUUUCGACAAAAAAGACAAUGACAAUAUUGCUGAAGAUGUUGUAGAUCGACAAGGAGCAAAUUAG